CGGGGGAAGGCGUGAGGGAGUGGUUGAACUGAAAACCGGUUGACGCUCGACGCAGCAGCAGCGUGGCGCCCGAGAAGCACGCGGUUCACUGCGCUGCCGCAGGCUUUUUCUCCCCCCGGCUGGCUGGCUGGCUUCUUGGCUCGACCGCGCUCGCUCGCUUCCCCUCCCAUCCCAUUCCCACAUGCCCACGGAAAAGGGAAUGGCCGCCUUCUGGGGUUUCUUACAGGACGACGGCGGCGGACCUGCGCCCGACAUGAACGAGUUCCCCUACUACUCCGCCGCCGACCUCGCGUCCUGGCCGCCUUCCUCCCUCGCGCCGGCCGGCGCCGUCGUGAAGGCGGAGAGCGGGAGCCCGUCGAUGAUCGACCACCUCCACGCCGUCUCCGGAGCCGAUUUCGGCGGCGGCGGCGGCGAGGACGACGAGGUCGCGCCGGAGCUCGGCCAGCAGCGCCUCGAGCGCAAGAGGCCCCCCCACGGCCGCCACACGCCGCAGCAGAUCCAGGAGCUCCAGGCGUUGUUCAAUCAAUGCCCCCACCCCGACGAGAAGCAGCGGGCGGCGGUGGGCAAGAGGGUCUGCCUCCGGCCGAGCCAGGUCAAGUUCUGGUUCCAGAACCGCCGCACGCAGAUCAAGAGGGAAUCGCUGCAGCACGAGAACAAGCAGUUGAGGGAGGAGAACGGCAAGCUGCGCGCCGAGAACUUGUCCCUCCGGGAGGCGAUGACGCGUCCGGUGUGCGGCUGCUGUGGUGGCCCGGUCCCGGCGAUGCUUGAGGACUCGCCGUCCCUGGAGGAGGAGCGCCUGCGCGUCCAGAACGCCACGCUCAGGAUCGAGCUCAGCCGAUCCUGCGCCCUCGCUUCCGCGUUCCUCGGCAGGUCCGUUUCUUCCGUGGCGGCGCCACCCACGCCAGGCUCGCCAGUGGACCGUAUUGGCUCAGUGCCGGCGACCACCGUGGCCCACUCGACGGUCACCGAGUUCACGGGCAGUCCCUCCAGCCAAACAGUGGAAAUGGCGGUCACGACCAUGGCGAAGGCUGGCAUCGACGAGUCCGUUUUCCUGGAGCUUGCGACGAGUGCAAUGGAUGAGCUCGUCAAGAUGGCGCAGAUGGAUGAGCCGUUGUGGAUUCCAAAUGCCCUCUUGCCCGGUUCCCUUGUCAAGGCGACGCUCAACCAUGAAGAGUACUUGAAGACCUUCUCGCCGUCCAUAGGGGUGAAGCCUCCGGGGUUUGUAUCAGAGGCCUCUAGGGAAUCCGGCAUUGUAGCCAGUGACGGCAGCUUCGAGCUUGUGGAGACUCUGUUGGAUGAGAGACAGUGGUCCAGUUUCUUCUCGUGCAUAAUCGCCGAAUCAUCGACAAUCGAGGAGAUCUCUACUGGAGCUGCAGGAAGUAGAGAUGGUGCAUUGCUGCUUAUGCAGGCAAAGCUGCAGGUUCUUUCACCUCUUGUCCCUAUCAGGGAGGUCACCUUUCUCAGGUUCUGCAAACAGUUGGGUGAGUGUUUAUGGGCUGUAGUGGAUGUUUCCAUUGAUGGGUUGGUGAUGGAGCAAGGCCUUGCCGUGGCAUCCACCGCUGCAAAUAUGAAGUGCCGGAGGCUGCCUUCUGGCUGUGUGGUGCAAGAAAUCCCCAAUGGCUUCUGCAAGGUUACAUGGGUUGAACAUACAGUAUAUGACGAAUCCUCCAUUCACCAGCUCUACCGGCCUCUCCUUCGUUCUGGCCUUGCCCUUGGCGCAGGGCGUUGGCUUUCUACGCUACAGCGUCAGUAUGAGUGCUUGGACGUUCUCAUGCCGAAGCAAGACGCAUCAGAUGCCAUGUUGGAAGGAUCACGGAGCUUGCUGAGGUUAGCAGAGAGGAUGAUGGAGAACUUCUGUGCGGGGGUGGGCGCAUCUUCUGCUGAAUGGAGCAAACUGGAUGACUUCACGGGGAGCAUUGGGGAGGAUGUGCGUAUCAUGGCACGUAGGAGUGUGGAUGAACCAGGGGUGCCACCUGGUGGUGUGGUGGUGUGUGCUGCCACAUCGGUGUGGAUGCUUGUAACACCCAAACGGCUUUUCAACUUCCUGUGCAAUGAGGGAACGCGUGCUGAAUGGGACAUCCUAAGCAGGGGUGGCUCUAUGCAGGAGGUGACAAAAAUCUACAAGGGGCAACUGAAUGGCAACGCUGUAUCUCUACUUAAGGGCACUGCCCCAAACACCCACCAGGACAGCAGCAUUCUGGUCCUACAGGAGACCUGCAUGGAUGCAUCCGGCUCGAUGGUGGUGUACACCCCUGUGGACAUCCCGGCAAUGCGCCGUGUCAUGGGCGGAGAAGGUGACCCGGCGUCGAUCAUGCUCCUGCCAUCCGGUUUCGUCAUUCUGCCUAGCGUGCCUGGCGACGACGGUGGGCACAAGGCAUGCGGCUCCCUGCUCACCGUGGCGUUCCAGAUACUCGGGAGCAGGCAGCCCACUGGGAAGCUCACCGUGGAGUCGGUGCAGACCGUGGGCAGCCUCAUCUCCUGCACCAUCAACAGGAUCAAGACGGCGCUGCGCUGCGACGCCUGAGCUUCGGGAGAUGGGGGGACUUUUUGGCGUUGGAGGGAGCGGCCGGCGAUGGGUCUCGAGUCGAGAACGAACCGCGAAAAUAGGAGCGUGGCCUUUGCUAGGUGGUAAGGACCGGGCUGGGCAGGUCCUUAGCACAGAGCAAUGGUGGUGGUUCGGGUAUUGACUCGCAGUUCUCUCCCAUGACAUUCGCAUUUUGGACAGACAGUAAGAGCUUAACCACAGAGCAAUGGUGGACUGGUAGGUAGUGUUGGUAGCUAUGAGGUUCCAUGUUUUGGGGAUGGCAAGAUGUGAUGCUUUCUGCAGGAACUCGCUCAGAAUGGUCAUGUCCCGCCGUUGGUCAUAUGUUCGGUCUCCUUUUGAGCAAGUCUUUAGGUUCCGGGGGUGUCAUCUGGCAAGCAAUCAGUCAUCUACUAGUCUACUAGAAAGAAUCAACUUUGCUAUGUUAACUUGCAAGAUUAUCAGAUCAAUCUGCAGUUUACUUUA